UCGAAACACGAGGUUUAUGCUAGUGUCCUCAUGUUUUUGUGUGUAGUACAAAGUGAUUUGAGUGGCAGAGUUUCUGGGCGAUCGGAUGAUUUUUAGGGAGAGUGACUGAGAUGGGGAGCUGCUGCGCCUGGUGAUGGAGGUAGAGGGUGGGACCCCAACUCCGGUGGACCCCGCAGUAUAGUUGCAACCACGCGAGAAAGGGUCCCACAACGACAAGCCCCCAAAGGGAAAGGAAUAGCAGCUGAGCUAGGUUUUUCUUUCUAUCUCUCUUUGUAGGGUGAGGUGUGGGGGCUUUAAUUUGCUUUAUAUAUUUAGAUGGGGAGGAGAGGGUGUGUCAUUUUCUCUCCACUUUGCUUUGCAUGACUUUUGAGCUGAUAGCAAAAAAAAAAAAAAAACAGACCUUCUCUCUCGUUUCUUUUCUUUCAUAUACUAUACAGUAUACUUUUCACUCUCUUGAAAGAAAACCCUCCCCCCCAACAGGAAAAACAAGUUGGAAUUCCUUUAGGAUUGUUGGAUUUUACUUUUUUUUUUGUUGCAUGGAUGGAUCCUUCAAGCGGACAACGCCAGGAGAUGCCAAACCCUUCAAUGGAAAACAUGCUGGUUUACUCUAAAGGACCGCAAGAAAGAAAGCCAAGGCCUCAACCAGAACAAGCUCUCAAGUGCCCAAGAUGUGAUUCCACCAACACCAAAUUCUGUUACUACAACAACUACAGUCUUUCUCAGCCAAGGUAUUUUUGCAAGUCAUGCAGAAGGUACUGGACCAAAGGAGGCACACUGAGAAAUGUUCCAGUGGGUGGUGGCUGCAGGAAGAACAAAAGAUCAUCAUCAAAGAGGAGCCAAGAUCAAUCACUGACACCCAAUACCAACCCACUCACUAGUCACCUCCCACCUUUGAGUAAUUAUGACACCAAUGACCUCAGCCUGGCCUUUGCUAGGCUCCAAAAACAAUCAAGUGGGCAGUUAGGGUUUGAUGAUCCUGACCUUUCUAUUAUUGGAAACCCAAUUAACACCCAUUGUGAUAUUCUUGGAAACCUCAGCCUUAACAGUAGUUCAGCUGCCAAUCCUGAUUUUAUUGAUGCACUCAGAGGCAGCUUUCUUGGGACCCAGAACAAUCUUCAGAAUUUUUAUUAUGGUUUUGGGAAUGAGAACAUGGGAGAGGUGGACAAUGGAGUUGGAAGUGUAGUUAGUGGGGAAAUGAUGCUACCAUACAAUAAUUCUGAAGAAAUGAGUAAUGCAACAACAGCAACAACAUCAGCUGUGACAGUUACAACAAUGAAGCAAGAGUUAUGUACUGGUAGAGAAAAUGAGAAUAGAAUCUUAUGGGGUUUGCCCUGGCAGCUCAAUGGAGAUGGUUAUAACAUGGGCGAUCUUGAUUCAGGAAAAGAAAGCUGGAAUGGACUCAAUUCAUCUUGGCAUGGACUUCUUAAUAUAUAGUUAGAAAAAUGGAGAGUUUUCUUCUUAUAGUUAGAAAACUACAAGAGUUUUCUUCUUAUAUUAAAACUGAGAGUAUUUCAGUUUUUAAUCUUUUUUUGAGUUUUUGUGUUAGGAGUUUUGAUUGAUCACCAGAAUCAUCAGUAUUUCGCUUUUUUUUUUACCUCUGUUUUUUUUUUUUUUUAAUUCUAUUGUUGGUUGAUAAACUAAUGAUAUUUCAAAUUUGUCUGCUAACCAAUUAUGGCAGCUGCAGAGGAAAAUAUAUAAUAUAGUUUCCAUUUUGGAGAAAAGAAUGAAUGAGUGAGAUUGAUGUUUCAUGGUUUCACCAGUGUGAACUGUCUGAAGUACAGACUUAGAUUUUGAAUCAGGUUAGCGUUUCAUAGAUGUUCUGUCAAUCGUUGCUUCUUAUUACUUUCAGAU